ACGGGCCGACGCGCCGCUGACGCCCACUGCUCCGUGCACCCGCGGCCGUCCCGUGCACCCGCCGGCCGUCCAGUGCACCCGCCGCGUACCCAGUGUGACCGUGUCCGGCCCUGGCGGCCCAGUGACGGUGACCGUGGACGGUGUGAUACGGCAGCUGAGGAGCUCACCCUCCUGGAUCGGCCGGCGAGCGCGGAAGCGGUGGCCCCGAUGUGAGGGUUCUGCCUAACAAUCGGUCUCCGAAAGCUGCCACCAUUCUCUACACCUUCCAUUGGUCCAUAUUGCGCAAUGGGUCGGACCAGCCGGCAAACAGUGACACGGAGAUGGGAGAGACGAAAACGGGCUCCCGCGUCAUGAGCACGUCGGGUCGCUCGACGGCCGCCUCUGCUGAGGUGAGCUCUCUGUCGGCCGCCGAGGGCCGGCUGGCGCCCGACUCGCCAGCCACCUCCUCGGACACGGUGGAGCUCGAUGAGCGCUCCGGCGAGAUGGUGCAGGUGACGCUGGGCCACCCGUCCGGCGGCGCCGGCAUCGUUUACGGGCCGCCUCCGCCCACCCUGUCCACCUUCUCCGCGGCGGCGGCGGCGGCGGCGGCCGCGCGCAGCCGGCCCACCAGUCUCGAGCGCGCCUCCAAGAGUCGCCAGCAGAGCCUGGAGCGGCGGCCCGGCUGCUCGCGCUCGCAGAGUCGCCAGUCGCACCACAGCGUCAGCUCGCAGCUGUACGGCGCCGGCGGCAGCCAGUACGGCGCGCAGGCGCACUACGAGGCCAGCUACGACCCGUUCGACGACCCGGCCGUCGAGGUCGCCAUAGAGCCCGCAGGCGCCUACCUGAGCCGAUCGGAGAGCCACGCAAGCCACGCCAGCCACGCGAGCCACGCCAGCCACGCCACGUGUCCUCCAGAGGCGCUGGCCGGACCGCACCACAGCCACUCCAGCCAACGGGACGAGAGUGGCCGGCCAAAGCCGCCCGCCACCUUCAAGGACGAUCUGAAGCGAGCCCCCAUAGAGGGUGCCAGCGGCACGGACCAGGGCUACACGGCAGAUGACGAGUACGAGGAGAGGACCGUCAAACAGCUGCUCAGAAGAGCUCCAAGUGGUGAUUUCAGCACGGGUCAGAAGGGCGGCAGCACCCUGUCUCGCCGCAUGUCGGCCAAGCUGGACGGCCUGUCGGACGACCGCUACAUGGACACCAACGAGACGCUGCUGGUCAUCCGCUCCCAGCUGCACAGCCUCACAAAGUCGAUGGAGUCGUGUCAGAGCGAGGUGACCGAGGUUCGGAAAGACGUGCACAUGAUCCACCACGAGAUCGACCAGCUGCAAUCUGCCAAGGACGAGAUGCUGGACCUGCGGGACUCGGUGGUGCGCCUGGAGCAGCAGCAGCGCCGCAGGAAAGCGCGCUCCAUCGACCAGGGUCUGACGUGUUUCCUGGUGUCGGCCAUCUUUUCGGCGGUGCUGGGGAUGUUUCAGUUCGGCUACAACACGGGAGUCAUCAACGCGCCCCAACAGAUAAUCGAGGACUUUAUCGCGUCGGUGUGGCUGUCGCGCUACGAGACGGAGAUCGCUCCGACGACGCUCGACUUUAUCUGGUCGGUGGCCGUGUCGAUAUUCGCCAUCGGCGGCAUGGUGGGCGGCUUCUCGGGCGGCUACAUCGCCGACAGAUUCGGCAGAAAAGGGGGUCUGAUUUUCAACGACUUUGUGGGCCUGGCGGGGGCGACGCUGAUGGGUCUGAGUCAGAUCUCCUCCUCGUUCGAGAUGCUCAUCAUUGGACGGCUCGUCAUCGGAUACAACUGUGGUCUGAGCACAUCUCUGGUGCCCAUGUAUGUAUCCGAGAUCGCCCCAGUUAACCUGCGCGGCGGCGUGGGCAUUGUGAACCAGCUGGCGGUUACCAUCGGCCUCCUGUUGUCACAGGUGCUGGGCCUGGACCAGUUGUUAGGCACCGAGGAAGGAUGGCCUCUGCUGCUCGGUCUGGCAGUGUGUCCGGCUGCACUACAGCUGCUACUGUUGCCCAUGUGUCCCGAGUCACCGCGGUAUCUUCUCAUUACCAGACAACGAGAACAAGAGGCCAGGAAAGCGCUGCGCCAGCUGCGGAACACGUCGCACAUCGAGGACGACGUACAGGAGAUGAAGGCCGAGGACCGGGCGCAGCAGUCGGAGGCGCGCAUCACCAUGGUGCAGCUGCUGCGCUCGCCCUCGCUGCGCGCGCCCCUCAUGAUCGCCAUCAUCAUGCAGCUGUCACAGCAGCUCAGCGGCAUCAACGCGGUGUUCUACUACUCGACCAACAUAUUCAGCGACGCUCAGUUGUCGCUGCAGAAGGCCAAGUACGCCACCAUGGGCGUCGGCGUGGUGAUGGUGCUGAUGACAAUCGUCUCGAUCGCGCUGAUCGAGCGCGAGGGCCGGCGCACGCUGCACCUCUGGGGCCUGGGCGGCAUGUUCUUCUUCUCCGUGUUCAUCACCAUCUCGUUCCUGGUGAAGCAGAUGAUCUCGUGGAUCGCCUACCUGGCCGUCAUCUCCACGUUCGGCUUCGUCAUCUUCUUCGCCGUGGGGCCCGGCUCCAUUCCGUGGAUGAUCACCGCCGAGCUCUUCUCUCAGGGACCGCGUCCGGCGGCCAUGAGUAUAGCUGUGCUCAUCAACUGGGUGUGCAACUUCCUGGUUGGCAUCGCCUUCCUCCCGCUCAAGAAUCUUCUAGAAGAUUACACAUUUCUUCCGUUCUCCAUCCUUCUCGGUGUAUUUUGGAUCUUCACGUUCAAAAGCGUGCCGGAAACCAAGGGGAAGACAUUUGAAGAGAUUUCAGGCAUUUUCAGACCUUCACAACUGCUGGCCGGCGGCUCGGAGCCUAUGCUGGAAGACCACAACUAUGGGAGCACAGUGAACUGUUUGAACGCUGUUGUGUACGACGAGCACCCGAUGCUCGAGGCGGCCAGGUUCCACGGACAAUCUCCGUCUGAGCGGUCCGAGAGUGAGCCGGAGCCGACGCCGCGCUGCACCAGCCUCCACACGUCGCUGGAGCGGCCGUCCCGGUACGGCGGCGCCUCGAGCGUGGCCGGCGGCGCCACGCCCACCCUGGGGCCGCGGCUGCUCGACCGGCGCAGCCUGGACCGGCUGGAGCGGCGCAGCCUGGAUCAGCUCGACCGGCUGGAGCGGCUGCAGGGCCGGCCGGCCGGCGCGCCGCUGGCAUGACCGACGCCCGGUGGUGGGCCCUCGCAGGACUCUCCGCGGCCGGCGCUCAGCGACGAGCGCACCAACAGCGAGUCGGAGAGCGUCAGCGGCCACGAGGAGCUGUGGCGGCCCAACCACCUGCUGGCUAGCGACGAUACCAGCUCCUGAGCGGGCGCCGCCCGCCGGCCAGCCC